CGGCGACGUCGAUAUCAUCUGAGAUCGAUGAGCUUGUAGCAACCCGUAUGCCAGAGAGCUCUUCCUCGACAUGGCCCACAAUCUGAGUCUCGAUCCAGAGGUCCUCGUACGCCAGUACGAAGACUAUCUAGACGACCUCGACGCCCUUAGGAAGGAGUUAUUGGGGAUGGUUGAAGCAGAGGCUUCCGUUGCAGCGCGCAGAUCCUCCCUCUACAGGGUCAAAGCUCUCCUGCGAGGUGGGACCACGUUUCGAGUACUGGACGACGACUACCUGCGUCCAGAUCUCCCAUGGGCGAUGGACGGCUCACAAGCGAACGUCAUGACGCGGGCCAUGAUAACAUACGCGCUGUAUAUGGAAGUCUCAGGCCGACCGGAAUACGUGUCCAUACGCGAGACAAAACCAGUCGAGCUUGCAACGAUGCUUCGCUGGGUCGAUCUUGUGCACCCCAUGAAUGACAGGCUCAUCCCUACGCCGAAGUGUCCUACCUACGCUCAGAUGGUUGCACCCAUCUCCAAACUAUUCUCCAGUAUCGCUAUGAAGACGGACGACUUGAUUCAGCUUGCGUGGAAAGACCCGCACGUUAUUACACUAGUGAUGGAUCUAUGGUUACACUAUCCGCGCUACCUCCUGAAAUAUAGCGAAGAAAUAUCGACAACCCUGUGUGCUAUCACCGUAUCUGCAGUCGCAAUCUUUGACGGGCUCGCCGCCACGGACGGAGGUGAAGACUACAUCGUCGCGCGCCUGCUCCACAUGGUCGGCGGACACCAUCGCCGUAUCCUCCGCCUCAUCUCGGAACAGACUGCGUUCCUCCGUAGCGUUAACAUGGAAAGCGGAUGGGAAUAUGUCUGGAAGGACCAAUUUGGGCUGGUGGCAGGCGUGCUGCAGAGCCCAGAGUUUAUUGGGAUCACUGCGCCCCACUGCUUCUUCCAGUCCAUCAUCACGGGGUACCGACGCGCUCUCGAUCAGCCCGACAAUGAGAGCAUGAUACUGAUGUCGGAGUCCGCAACCCUUAUACUUGACGGCCUUGUCUGCCUAGCGUUGCGCCCCACGAACCUGCGCCGCGCCAUUCGAUCUGGCGUGUACGACGUGCUGUUCGACGUAGAGCGUGCUUGGGGGAAAGGAGAGGAGCUCUCCAGCAACUCCGUUCAGCACCUCGAGGACAGCCUCACGAUGCUUGGCACACUCCGCGCCUUUCAUCGUCGGCACAGCAAUCUCUUGCAUCCUAUAGAGCAACCCGAUGAACGUCGGACGUUCAUCGAGAACCGCUUCAAGAGCCUUCUGUCGACGUACCGGGUGCUGUGGCAACAGUAUACAAGCUGGAGGGAAUCGAACGCCUGGAAACGCCUAAUACCCUGCAGCAAUACAAACACGGACGCCCACGAGGGGGAGGUGCGCGCAUGUCCAUGUGGGGAGGUGUUCUACUGCUCGAAGAAGUGCCAACGCGAACAUUGGAAGAGCAGUCAUCGGAAUGAUUGCAGCAGAACGGGCCGCGUGUGGACUUUCGAAGAUGGUGUCACUCUCGCCGAUACGGUUUUCGCCAUCGAGCUUGCGUUCCAUGUAGUGAAGCGCAAUGAAGACAAAAUCCUCGAGGCGAUCACGCGCACCGUCACGCGACGGGUAGAUAGUCCGAACCCGAAGUCGGUGCUCGUAGUGGUGGAGCUCAGCAAUCCUCCAACGCCGGAUGGAAAUUUCGGCUGGACGUUGGAAGACGAAGAUGAUGGCAGCUCCACUCUUGCAGAUGGCGCGACUGAGGGAGCGCCAGACGAAGGCGAAGGGAAGGGGACAGAGGACGACAGAAGCUUAACGGCGAUGGACCGACAAGUGAACCUCGAGGAUACACGUGAGGUCAACUUCGAAGGCCCACACAUUGCGAGCAUCGCGGCCUGGCUCCGCUACGCGGGGGAAACGAGCUUGCAGGUCACUCUGCCAUUCAGAUACGACUUCUCCCUCCAACGACCAGUCGCAAGAAAUUUGGCCUCUUGAGCAACAAUGCGGCUGUCGUCGUAAGAGACUCUCGAAGGCUGGUCCAUUUUCUGUCAUCUAUAUUUGUAAAAAUCACACCUUGGGCAAUUCGAGUUUCAGAUCCUUCCUUGGCUGGUACCGUCACAGCCUGGCGACAUAUUGCAUACGCAUCGUUAACGAACUCGUUCGCGCGUAUACAUAAUGUCAUAUCGUCCGCGCAUUUGCUCGGCGAACAUGCUGCCCUUGAAAGCCUUCGUCACGUCUUUAAAUAAGUCCUCGCAGGCGUAGCAUCUAUCAGGUCAUAUAUCGGAAAGCCGGAUGAAGGUUCCCCAAUCGCUCCACCCCUUCCCGCCCCAACCGAUAGUCCCUCCCACCCCUCUCGCGCCUCGCAUUCUCG